AUGCUUAGUCAUGGGGUUGAAUGGCGGUGCAAGGUUGUUGUUGUUUCCACGGCGUCGAACCAAACAUGGACAGUGACGACGACGGCCAUCGCCAUCGCCACUAAACCUCUCAACUGCGCCUUGCUCCCACACAACCUUCACUCGAACCUUUCCAUUAAUUCCACAAUGUCCGAGCCAUACGACCCCUACCUCCCCCGCGCCGGGUCCUCCAGCGGUAACCCAGGGUCCACAGGCGGUGGCGCAGGAAACGCAAAGACAGCCGCCAUCCAAGCCCAGAUAGAUGAUACAGUCGGAAUCAUGAGGGAGAAUAUCACCAAAGUCGCAGAACGUGGAGAGAGAUUGGAUUCGUUACAGGACAAGACUGAUAACCUGGCAGUUUCUGCACAAGGAUUCCGAAGGGGUGCAAACAGAGUGCGAAAGAACAUGUGGUAA